CGUAUCAGCAAGAAGCAAUGUCGGUCGCUCGCGAGCCCGACCACAGUUUUCAACUGCAAAUGGCAUUUACAGAUCCCACAUCUCUAUGGGUGUGUAACUCUCUGGCCCUUAUUCUCUUCAUCAGCCGUUUGUCUCUGCGGAAGUGGAGGCGACAAGACUUCACCAAGGGCGAUUAUUGGACCAUGACUGCGGCGGUGUGGGUUAUUGUCCGCAUGACUAUCUCUUAUCCCAUUUUGAAAUAUGGGACAUCACUUGCAUUGACCGACCAGCAGCGAGAACGCAUGGAUUUCACUGAAAAGGAAAUCCAUUAUUUAGUUAUGAACAGCAAACUUAACCUUCUUUUAAGGGUAGUCCUCAUAUCUCUGCUGUGGAGUUUGAAGAUGGUUGUUCUCGACUUGAUCAUGCUCCUGUUUCGACGGCACUGGUAUGAGCACUGGAUAUUAUGGAGCUUUUAUGUCAUCUUCUUGGUUACUUAUCUAUUAUCCUUCAUGUCUGUUUUCGUCGAGUGUCGACCGUUUAAGCUGUACUGGCAGAUAUACCCGAACCCCGGCCAAUGUAUCAAGGGAAACCUGUGGCUGUUGAUAUAUGAGGUUGGUAAUAUUGUUACAGAUGCGAUGCUUCUCAUCCCCCCCUUCACGGUAAUUUUCCGAGCUAAGAUUACAAUUGCCAAACGCCUACAACUCUCCGCCCUCUUUAGCCUUGGCCUUUUUCUCCUUAUUGUCUCAGUCGUGCGCAUUAUGCAAGGCUCAGGAAACACCAAAAUCCAGCUGAAUCGGACGUUGUGGGCGUCCCUUGAAACGCUGGUGGCUAGCAUUGUUGCCACAAUACCAGCCUUAUACACCAUGAUCCGCCAGCACAAGUCCUCCCAAUCGAGCGGUUACGAGAUGAGUGGAUAUGGGACAGGCGGCCGAAGCCGUGUACAAGGCCUAACGACAACGAGCACUUGCAAUCGAGGAGUGGCGGUGGGUGCGAUACCCGAUCGCCUUGCGUCCAAGGUUAGCACUUGGGUUGAGCUAGGAGAAGCAAGUAACAGAGGAAGUAACGACGGUAAAGAAUACAUUGGUGAAGGUGAUAGUGCAAAGGGGAUUCUUGUGGAAACUCGGAUUAGGCAUGAUACAACGGAUAAAAAUGAUAUCGAAUGGGAGAGCCAGGGUGUUAGAAGCUGAUAGAUAUAGUUGAG